GCCACAGGCAUACGAUGGCCAGAGCCACUGGUCGCAUGGUACCGCCUCGAGGAGCCUGGCCUUGGACAUCCCGCCUGCUGGCCUUUCCUUUUCCUCCAAAGCACGUCGGCCCGGUGUGCUGAUGGAUCCGGCCCCAGAAGGACGCUGUCGCCCUCUGCCGAUCGCGCCCGUCUCUAUUGCUGCCUGUCUACUCUGCUCUGCUCUGCCUCUGUCGGUCGGUGGUGUGCCGUCGCCAUUGCUGUUGCUGUUGCCAUUGCUGCUGCUGUUGCUAUUGCCAUUGCCAUUGCUGUUGCCAUUGCUGUCGCUCUGCUCUCCUGUCGGCUGUCCUUGCUCCUGUCGGCUGCCUCGGUGCUGCCUUUGCCUUCUGCCGCAUCCCGUUGCAUCCCGUUGCAUCCCGUUGCUUCCCGUUGCUUCCCGUUGCUUCCCGUUGCUUCCCGUUGCAUACCAUCGCUUCCCGUUGCUUCCCGUUUGCAUCCGCACCGUCGAUUGCGCCAACGGCCCACCUUCGCUUUGCUCGCCGCUUCCCUUGCUUAUCCAUACCACCGGGUGCCCAAGUAACCCGCCCCCUCCUCCUCCGUCCACAAGCACAUCCAAGUCUUGCCUCGUCCAGACUCUGUCGGCCUCGCUCUUGGAUCCCAUCUCGCAGACUUGCUCGUUGGACUCUCUCGAUCUCUACUCCGAGCCGUCACUGCAAUCUCCGCGCCGCCGCCCCCCCCGUCUCCCAUCAAGAUCAGGGCGUUGUCUCUCGCGCCCAAGUCGCUCUCCAAUUCCAACGAAUUAUCAACUGCCUUGCCGGUGAUUGUCGAUCCGCCGCUGAAUCGCUGUAUCGGCCUCUCUUGUUGGAUCGUUUUGUUCCCCAUCCACCCUCGCUCCACCAACAGGCUCUGCCCAACUCGUGCGCUCUUGCUCUCGCUUUCUUGAUCGAGCGUCCUGCGAUCUUUCGUCGGUCGUUGUAUCGCUUGCUUCUCCACCCGCUGCAUUCGCCAUUGUAUCCGCUCGCCGGUGCAUCCGCUCCUGCUGCCGUCGGUC